AUGAGGUUCCCAUUUGCAGCUGCAUUGUUUCUAUUCGCUGCUUCAUCUUGGUCAAUGAGGUUCCCAUUUGCUGCUGCAAUGGUGAUUGAAAGAUUGGAAUCGGAUCACCUACCACUAUACUUUGAAUUAGGUUAUGAGAAAGAUGGACAGGAAAUACCAGAGGAAGAAAGCAGGGUCAACGAAGAGGAAAAAAUUUUCAGAUGGAAGAACGAUAGGAAGGAAGAGUAUAUUGAAGAAAUGGAAGAGGGGGCGGAUGCUAAGUUGGGGAUGAGCACGGCGGAGAAGUGGAAGAAAUUAAUCGAUAAAAUGGAGGCGGUAAGUAAAAAACUAGGAAUGUGCAAGAAUAAGGGGAAGCAACGGAAAAGUGGAAAAGAAACUUGCAAUAAAAUAUAUGAUGGUGAAUAUAAGCUGCAAAGAAAGAUAGUUUGGAAAUGUCUAAAAAGGUACUUAGUAGAGAAAGGGGAGACUGAGAAAGGUAGACUAAAGGAGGAAAGAAAUAAAUUGAAAUGGAUAAUCAAAGAAAAGUGGAGGGAGCAGCAGAGAACAAGUGGAGAGAAGUGGAAAUUAGCAGGAAGGGGGGAUUUUUGGAAAGCACUGGCGGCAUUUAGACCCAGAAGAACGAGAAGGGGUGAGGGUAUUAAGAAGAGCGAAUGGAUUAGACACUUUAAACCUGAGGAGAAAUUGGAAGAAGAAGUGAUCUACAGAAAUGGGGAGGAAGAAAUGAAGUGGAAAGGAGCGAGGGACACGUUUGAAGGAGCAAGGAAGGAAGGCGCCAGUGAGAAGGAGGAACCGAAGGACUCAUUGAACAGGGACAUAACUAGGAAAGAGGUGGCUGACACAAUAGGAAAGCUCAAGGACAACAAACCAGCAGGGGAGGACGGAAUCACUGGGGAAUUUUUCAAAAACCUCCCGGAAAAAGGGAUAGACACGCUCACUGAUAUCCUUAGUGAAUUAUGGAGGGAAGGGGAAAUCAUAGAAGGUUGGAAAAAGGUAAGAAUAUUUCCGAUUUAUAAGGCAGGGGAUGAGUCAAGAGCAGAAAGGUAUCACUAUUGGACGUUGGAUAUAAAAUAA